AUGUUCAACACCUCCGCAACCCUCCUACAGUCGAAAAAGCACAACCCCAAACACCCCACCUCAAUCGUUGUUGUUGCAGCUGCUCUGAUUCCCUUCCGAAUCGUUGCUAUCGAUGAUGAGAAAGAAACCACGAUGAGACUCGACGGGGAGCAGCCUCGCCACCUUCUUCAGUUAUUCGUUGCAUCUUCCCCCUUUCGCACCUUUCCUUACCGAAUUCCAGUUGUCAAAGUUCAACUCAUGUUAAUUGGGUCUUCUGUAAGCUUUAAAGAAGACAAGCUUUCCAGGCGAAUAGGUGGUGACGAAGACGAAGAUUUUCAAAACAAAAUCAGAGUUGAUAACCCUCCCCUUUCUUCUCUGUUUACCUAG